ACCCAUUGAAUGGCUAUAUAUACCCAUGCUAUCUUCCGUUGGUUUGCACACAACUCUUCCUUCUUUCCUUGUAGGCAAUCUAUAUAUCCCAGAGUUCCAUAUAUGGCGUACAACCUUGUAACUUUUGGUCCAUUUGGAGGCCAUGGAGGAAAUCCAUGGGAUGAUGGAAGGAAAACCGGCAUAAGGCAGUUAAUAAUACGUUCCGGAAUAGUGAUCGACUCCAUCCAAAUUGAGUAUGACCAGAACGGAGCGUCAGAAUGGUCCCAGAGGCAUGGUGGUAAUGGUGGAGGUGAAAACAAGGUCUUACUUGACUAUCCGUCUGAAUAUAUUCGCUCAAUUUGGGGCUACCAUAGUUCAGAUUCUGCUCUUGAUACUGUUCAAUCUCUCACCAUUGAAAGCAAUAUAAGAACGUAUGGACCGUUUGGCACCCAGAAGGGAAAAUAUUUCAAGUUUCCAACCAUAAGUGAUGGCAAGAUUGUCGGAUUCCUUGGAAGGUCUGGUUCGUAUCUUAAUUCCUUUGGAUCAUAUUUUGAGUCAUUCUCAAAUACAUACCAACAACCACCAACGAUUGUUGGGCCUUUCGGAGGCUACGGUGGAGAUCAGUGGGAUGAUGGUGUUCACACAACAGUGAAGCAGAUUAUCAUAAAUGUCGGAGUAAUGGUUAACUCUAUACAAAUUGAGUAUGAUCAGAAUGGACAGUCAAUAUGGUCUAACAAGCAUGGAGAAACUAUCGGCGGAGCAAAUCACAUGGUUAAAUUUGACUAUCCAGAUGAAUUUCUUGUUUCAAUCUCGGGCUACUAUAGUUCGGAAACUGCAUUUGCUUCUCUUCAAUCACUCACAAUUCACAGCAACGAAAAAACAUAUGGACCAUUUGGCACUGAAGUUGGGAACCAUUUCACGUUUCCGGCACCUUAUGCUGGAAGCAAAAUUAUUGGACUCCAUGGAAGAUCUGGUUCUCAUCUGGAUGCGAUUGGUGCAUAUUACUUGUCCCGACCAUCCCCUGUUAGUGUCGGGCCAUUCGGUGGGCCUGGCGGAGAUGAAUGGGAUGAUGGCAAGCACAGUGGAGUGAAGCAGGUAAUAAUAUAUUCAGAUGGCUUAGUAAUUGUGUCCAUCCAAUUUGAAUAUGAUGACAAUGGAAAGUCCAAAUGGUCUGAGAAGCAUGGUAACCUUCAACGCGGUACCAAACACACGAUCACACUAGACUACCCUGAUGAAUAUCUGCUUUCAAUUAGUGGGCAUUACAGUACGAUAUAUAAUCUUCUUGUUGUUCGGUCCCUUGAAAUUAAAAGCAACAAAAAAACAUAUGGACCAUUUGGUAACAGACAAGGACAGUCUUUCGAUUCUUCUUCAUCUCAAACCACUGGGAAGAUCGUUGGAUUCCACGGAAGGUCCGGAGACUUUGUUGAUGCCAUCGGAGUAUAUGUUCAGCCAUUUGCUGGAGCAUCCAACAUUUGAGCUAGCCACUGUAAUUAUAUAUUCUAUAUGCUAGUUAUGUGAGAAUAAUAUAUGGAUGCUCUGUGUUGUCCCUGCUAAAGCUAGAGAGGCCAAUUCAAGUAGGGAAAGACAACACAAACUUGUUUCCUACUGUGUGAACUGUGCGUGUGCUACGUACCUCCAUAUGUUUGGUUUGGUAUUGUAUCUUGUGAAAUAUUUCUACCUUGUAAUAAGAUACCAGAGAAACUCCCAUGUGGUAUAUGCUGUCUCUGGUUUUCCUUAUAAUAAAAGCUGGUGUAUUUUGUAAAAUAGAA